ACGCGAGCAAUCACAGGAGCGACAGGGGCAAAUCAUGAACAACAACCGUUAUACGCGGCAACGACAUUGUGCAAAAGCAUCCAGACAGGAUUGCACGCACUCAUGAAGACAACAGCUCACCGAACGGAACAUCACCUGCCGCUUCCUGCUCUUUGUUUCCUCACAGUUGUGCGACGCACGGAAAAGAAAGAUGUAGCUGGCUUUUAAAAGCACCCUGGAACACCCUACAGGCUAUGAAUUCUUCCAAGUAUGGGGAAGCUUCAGAUGAAAAAAUGCUUGAAAAAGAACACAAGCCCGGUAAAAAGGACGAGACUGAGGACUUGGCUUUUUGCGAGGCCCCGGGAGAGCGUGCCGGAGCUGGGUCUCCCGGGACCGCUGAGGCUGCGAAACGAACUUCUUCCGAAAUGGAACCGGACUCCAAGUUGUCAAGCGGCAAGAGAGUCCGAGUUGCAGGCGAGAUGAGGCAGCGGCGGCGGCACUUGGCAGAUGAGAGCAGCAGACACGAGCCUCUGUGUCCGAGUACAAACGGGGACAACCUUCACGGCAAAUCCGGAGUUUCUUAUCGGAAGCCCCUCUUCAGUAUCUCCCACAGAAUCUUGGAGAAGAAGAACCCGCAAAGCGCGGAACAGCAAGCGGGUCAAGGUCCCGGACGUCAGCUCGACAACUCCAGCGGCCUCUUGUCCUCCACGCUCCUCAGUUUGCAGGAAAACGGCUCAUGGGAGGCUUCUCCCAACUCGGACAAUUCGGCCCAGGCGUGGUCCAAGGACUCCGGCCUUUACCCUCUGGUUGAAAAAAUGUUCUUCAUCCUCAACAGCCUCAGUUCCAGCAUGACUCAGCUGCACAGCAAGGUGGACCUGUUAAGUCUGGAAGUCAUGCGGAUCAAGAAGCAGCUCAAAGCGCAGACGGUGGCCGAGUUCCAGCCUCCUCCGGAAUACCUGCUGACCAGCGAAGAGCUGAAUCCUCUGAUGGAGCAGACGUCCAACGCCGGAGAGCUGGCCUGCCGCUUGCUGGUGCAUCUCUUCCCCGAGCUGUUCCGAGCCAAGGGGUGCUGCGCGGCGAGCAAGAGGUCGCUGGAGCCGUUGCAUUUGCAGCUGAUCCGCAACUACGUGGAGGCUUGCUAUCCCUCGGUCAAGAACAACGGCGUGUGGAAGGGAGAGUGCCUCCCUCAGAUGAACGACUUCUUCAAUCGCUUCUGGGCCCAGAGGGACAUGGAGAGCGCUGGGCCGCUCGGGAAGCAGACGGGGGAAGGAGGAAUCAAAGCGGAGGGCUCGCCCACCUAUCGGCUCUUCCGCGACCAGCCCGUAGCUCGGGGGGAGCCGCUCCCGCGGGAGAACCCGCAGGGCGGCUCGGCCGAGGAGCUGGACGAGCUCUCUUCCCCGGAGGACUUUGUCGUUUUCCUCAUGCAUCGACUCUUCCCUGAGCUUUUUGAAGCGGAAGGCUGUUUGAAGGGCGCCGCUCAGCACCUUCUGGACUCGGACAGGAUGGAAAUCAUCAAGAAGUACAUGGAGAGCAAUUUUCCCGACGUGCCCGAGGAGAGCUGGCUCCGGGCGUGCAUUCAGCACAUGGACGACGACGACGCCUUUGACGCUCCUCACAGCAGCGGCAGCGAAACGCCCAACGACGAGCGCUACGACCCGGCCGGCGCGUCCGAGGAGGUUUGCGCCCUGAAGCUUCCGGAGACGUGCGGCAACGAAAGGCCUUUGCGCAAGUGGAAAAAGUCGCUGCUGUCGCCCGUGGAUUUUGACAGUCUGGAGAUCCCCGCCCCGGACUUUGCCGUUCCCCGCCAGUUCCUCUUGUCCAAGGAGCAGCUGAAGUGGAACUACGAAUGCAGUUUGUCCAUCGGGAACUUUGCCUCCCGGCUGCUGGUGCUCACCUUCCCCGAGCUCUUCACCCAGGAGAAUAGGCGCAAGUUGUACAACUGCAGCGGCUCUCUGGGCAAAAAGCAGCUGGACCCCCGACGCGUCAACCUGAUCCGCCAUUACGUGCAGUUGGUCUACCCGCAGGCCAGGAACGAGCGAGUGUGGAUGCUGGAGUUUGUGGGCAAGCUGGACGAGAGGUGCCGGCGACGCGACACGGAGCAGAGGAGAUCCUACCUGCAGCAGCACCGCAAAGGCUACGUUCAGGACGCCGAGCAGGACUUUUUCCUGAGCCACAUCCAGCACCCGGACGGCGCCAGGGAGGACCCGGAAACGCCCUCGCUACCUCCCGAGAAGAGCACCAAAGACUUUUGCAAAAUCCCCCUGGACCAACUGACGGUUUCCAAACCCGAGUUCCCCGUUCCUCCGGCGUACCUCCUCUCGGACGCCGAGGUUCGGGAAAUAGUGCAGCAGAGCCUUUCGGUGGGGAACUUUGCCGCCCGGCUGCUGGUGCGCCUUUUCCCCGAGCUCUUUACGCCGGAAAACCUGCGUCUGCAGUACAACCACUCGGGGGCCUGCAACAAGAAGCAGCUGGACCCGGCGCGCCUGCGACUCAUUCGCCACUACGUGGAAACGGUGUAUCCCGUGGACAAGAUGGAGGAGGUGUGGCACUACGAGUGCGUGCCGAGCAUCGACGAGCGCUGCCGGCGCCCCAAUCGCAAGAAGUGUGACAUUUUGAAGAAGGCCAAGAGGUCCAAUUCGGUCUUGUAGUGGCAACGCACACAUUGUCCUUUUUGCACAGCAUACGCGCUGAAGCUGUCCUUUCUAGGAUCAAGCCAACCUGUUGCGCUUCUAUUUAAAAAAAGAAAAAGAAAAAAGCCCCAAACUGCUUAGCUAACAUUGUUGUAGCCUUCAACAGCACUUGAUAGUCUAGUUUUGUAAAUGAGCAGAAAUGUCACUUCCUGCUGUUGCAUUGUUUGGCCUCUUUUAAGAAGACGCUGUUAAGCCUUGUUCUAGAGGUUUAUAUUAUAGAACAAAGUUAACAGUGACACUUGUUGAGCACUUGUUUCUAAUAAAAAUCACAUGACACUUUG